UCAAUCCUCUUUGCCUCCCCCUGUCAUUUGACAGUUCACUCAGUGUUUUCUGCACAGUUAUAUCAAAAUUAGAGGACAACAAUGUCAAUUGCACCGCCAAUAAAACCACCGCGUGGUAUAAAACCCACGAAAGAAACUAGCGGUCUCCUCAUCUCAGUGAUCCGAGCACUCUCAGCUUCCGAAACGAAUGAGCAACGAGAAGUGGAAAAAGCAAAACUUGAGAAAGAGUACAAACGGAGUGAUCAACGCCUGGACGAACUGGUCUCCCUGCACGACCAGGACUUGACAGAGGUAAUGAAGAUCUUCAGUAAUCUGUCAGAGCGAGUGACAGGUUCACGGGAGAAGAUCCACGCAGUGAAAGAGAACCUGAAUGCCUGCAAGCAGUUAUUGCGUUGCCGAAGAGAAGAGCUGAUGAAAUUGUGGCUGGAGGGAGUGGAGCACAAGCACGUCCUCCAGCUGCUCAACGAGAUAGAUCAGCUGCGAGAGGUGCCCUCUCGUCUCUCCCACUAUCUGAAUAAAAAGCUGUACCUUCACGCUACUCAACUCCUCGUCUCCGCCCUGUCAAUGGGUGAUGGAAGUCUGGAGGGAGUGGAGGCUCUCCGAGAGGUCCGCCUUGAGCUCGAGACGAAGAAACAGCAGCUCCAGCAGAAGCUCCUGGAGGAGCUGACACGUCACCUGUAUCUGGAAACCACUCGAGAGGUUUUGCUGAGGCGUCAGGGCUCGGGACGAGACUUUCAGCGUGGAAACGAGAGCCGGGGCUCACGAGGUAAUAAAGUUAAACGAUCACUCCUGGAGGUUAAUUACCCCACAUCCUCUCGAUCGAACCUCAACCUCGAGGACCUCACAAACAUCACAGAGGACGAAAACACCAACCCAGAGGACAACUCCGAACACUUUAUUGCGAUAAUAAUUCAGUGUCUGGCUCUUCUUAAUAAUAUUCCUGAGGCAGUGGAGGCUAUCAAGGCCCAGAUGCAGUCAGAGCUAUUGAAUAUCAUCUCCAGGACCUCAGAGCAGAUAAGGAAAAACUCGAAGAAUCCUCCAAAGACAGCUGAAACGAAUGAAAUAAUCGAGCCAACGGACGACGAUAAUCAGUCCCUCGUGGAGCUCCUGCAGACGGUCUUCGAGCAGUUUCGAUCGGUGGUAGCUGCCCAUGGAACGGCCCUGAGGAGCUUCUCCCACGUCUGCAAGAAAUAUAAUCUCGAUGUACGUCUGUACGAGAUGCCAGACGUCUGGAGUAAAAUACAGGCAGUUCUCCAGAUGCUUUUGACUGAAUUCUUGGACAUUCAGAAUAUCGUGGAUGGUCCAUUCCAGUCAACCACCCUGGAGGAAGGAGCUGUUGACAUCAAUACGUAUUUCUCCAAGAGAAGACUCCAAAAGCCCAUGAGGAGAUCACUCUUCAAGUUUGAGUCCUCUUCACACCCAAAAACCCUCAAUAAUUACUUGAAAGAUCAGAGGUAUGGCAAUCUGAAUCGUGAGAGCAAUCUCUCUCAGCGGAGAUUAGUUUGCGAGCCGAACCCCAAGAAUAUUACCAUUAUUUUUCGUCCAAUGAUGCAGUUCAUAGAGGAAAUUGAGAGAGCCCUCGACUCCAAGCCGAACUGCCCCUGCACUCUGAACAGCUUCAUCGCUGAUUACGUCAAGGAAGUCUUCCUCGGGCGUCACCACGUUAUGGUGGCGACGAUAAUUGAUGCAGCGACCAAGGGAUCAGAUGCCUGGACAGCCACAACUCCUCCUGAGGUCAUGAAGGAGCUUGGAUUGACGAGACCUCUUCUCAUCAGCACUGUCCAAGUUGAGAGAUGUGUCUCUGAGCUGAGGUCCCUCAUGAUCUCCCUUCCCCUUCAGGCUGAGCACUUCUGCACUCUAGCCCUCAAUGUACUCCAUAACUACAGGGAGACCUGUCAGGGCGCCUAUAGGGGCAUCAUCCAGCCUGACAGCGAGGACAAAAGAAUUUGCUCCGCUGCUUGGCUCAAGGACGACGACAUCAGCAGAUUCAUCAAGUCUCUACCCAACUGGGACAAUAUGAAGAGCGAUGUAGCGAGAAAGGGGAGAGGAAGGUGGACGAUGAGGAGACAGGAGACACAGGAGGAGGAGAGCCCAGAGGAGAUCAGGCAGAGGAACUUGAGGGAAGCUGAGAUACUCGCAAGUACCCUGGGAGAGGGGGGCAUCAAUGCCCAUGAGAUUUUGUCUGACGUUGGACAGCUCAAGUGUCUGGCACUGAUUCAGGAGAGCGUUGAGUGGUUCUCAUUGUCAAUUAGAUCAUUAGUCGCUGAAUUGAGUCAAGCGAAGGGUGGAGAACUUGGGGGUUUACCCAGGGUGUCAGACUCGUUAGUGGAGUCUUUGGAGCAAGUGGCUGGAGAAUUCGAAGAACUUGCCAACACUUGUAUUCUUGUUUUGCACCUAGAGGUCAGGGUGCAGUGCUUUCAUUAUUUGUUACCCAGAGGGGAGUACAGUCAUCUCUGUGGUGGUGUCAAGGAUCCCCAGGAGGCCGAUCCCAGGGUGGAGGAGUUGAGCAGAGUUUUGCAGAAUAUUGAUGAGGCACUGCAGUCUACUCUUCAUCAGAAGAAGACGAAAUAUAUUUUUGAGGGUCUUGGUCAUCUCAUUGCAAAAAUUCUUAUCACCUCGGCGCAGUACAUCGAGAGAAUUGAUAAGAGUGGAAUUCAGAGGAUGUGCAGGAAUGUAUUCACUCUCCAGCAGACACUUACGAAUAUCACGAUGACUAGGGAACUUGCGUUGGAUUAUGCCAGGCAGUAUUUUGAGAUGUUUUAUGAGACUCCUGAGGAUAUCUUGAAUAGUGUCCUGGAGAAUGGGCCUCGGUUUUCGGAGUUGGAGUAUAUCAAUGCCUUUCAGCUCAUCGCCAGGAGCAGGGAGGGAUACACAUCCAUGAGCAAACACCUGGAGAGGCUCUCGGAAAUUCUGGGAGAGGUUGGGGUCACUGUAUAGUCACUGGAUAAGAACUAAUUGGAGUUAUUGCACAAUGAAUUUUUUUUAUUGGGAGAGAACUGCCUGGGAAUUUCAAGGGUUUAUCUCUGAUUUCAAGGAGAUAUAGUAUAUACUAUUGAAUAUUCUCAAUUAACUGGAACAAAUGGAGAUUGUUAAUUGCUAAAAAUAUCGUCAUUCUUUAUUAUUUAUUGGAAUUAGAAAACUCUUCAGUUUAA